AUGUUGAUGCAAUCUGCUCUCUCCUGCGACACCAGGAAAUUCCUGGGUCAGCAAUAUUAUCGCACCCUGUCGCCUACGCCUCCACCUUCGAGCGACAGCAUCAGUGGUAGUCUACUAGGCGUUAGCCGCAAGUUACAGAAUCUACUGAAUGUUUCACCCGGUGCUACUCCAUCGACUCCCCCUCGUUCCGUGCGCCUCGCCAGUCCGUUCCAUCAAGAGAUGAAAGCCAACAAAUCCAAGCCCAAGACACGGUCGCGUAAGACAACACCUAAGACAACACCCAAGCCCAGCACACCGAGAGCCAUCACGCCUACGGUCAGCAGAGCACAGACGCCAACUGCACCGCCUCGCACUCGCAAGCGCAGCCGCAGUGUUUACGAAGACGGUGAAAGCGAGACCGAAAUCGAAAUGGCUGGCCCCCGACGCCUGCGCGAUGAAUACACAACACCGAAGCGUCUAAGGCACUUCCCCUAUCACAUGCCUCGGGGAUUAGGUAUAGCUGAUUUCGAAUCGCUAAACGGCCACUCUGCUGAACAAAACACAUCUCACCAAGAGACUGAAUCUGAAGCGCUACCUCAGAUCAUCCUCCCAUCAAUAGAAAUCGAAGAUACGGAGGUUUCAAACACCAACGACAAAGCAGACUGGACAGCCGAAGAAGAUGAACAACUAGUCGACAUGGUCUUGGAGAAAUUCCGCCUGACCAAGCGCGACUGGCAAGAAUGCGCUCGUCGAAUCGGCAAGGAUGAUGCUAGUGUUGGCAAACGGUGGCAAGCGCUCCUUGGAGAAGGUAACAUUGGUCUUCGACGAGGAUCUGGUCAAUUUGUCCGUGGUCGACUGGAUGGAUAUCAAGAGAUUGUUUACAACUGGAAAGAUACCCUGGGAAAACGGUGUUUGGAAGAAGAGGUUUAA